CCUUCCCUGUCUCAUUUACGUUGGACUGGGGUAAUUGUUGUAUAUUAAGGACGGGAGGACCAAGUCAAACGUUCUCCAAUUUCAUUUCCUUCAGGUUCGGUGUGCUGCUGGACGCCCCACUCUUAACACACCUAUCUCAGAUCCAAGAGGAAUGAAACUUUGAACACCUGUUUCAUAAUACCAUUUACUCAAGAGGAUUCGAAAUAAAGAUUGAAUUAAGGGCAAGGUUAUUAGGGAAUAUGAAUUGGGUUCAACGCAAAAUCUACCUUUACAAUGUCACAUUUGGGCUAUACAUGUUGGACUGGUGGGAGCGAUAUUUGUUCAAUAGCUUGGUUGUGGUCUUGAUGUGGUUCAUCUUCUACAACGGAUAUCGUAACAUUAGUGAAUUUGGAAAAAGGUAUCUAUGGUGAAUUUAAACAUAGCUUCAACUUCAAGAUGAAACAUGGUGAAGUUGUAUGAUCCAAUUACUAUCCUAAAGUUUGUUUGUGUGUGUGUGUGUUAGCUUUGCUGGUAUGUAAGUUCCCACAUAGUAAGUUAAGCAUGUAUGAAUCGUGACAGAGACCUUUGAACAAUGGUGGUCUUUUACUUUGAAAUAAAUCAAGACGUGGUUGAAGGAGAUUAAAAA